GUACUUACAUACAUACUUACAUACGACCAGAAUACACUCAGCCCGUCCCCGACAGCAACGACAGCAUCCUCCCCAACACGAAGCAGUCAUUCAAUCAAUUGCUCUCCGUGGAAUCAUGACAUAGUGUCCUCCACAUCUACCUGCCAACCAUGUGGCGGGACCGAACCAACCUCUUCAUCUCCUACCGCCAGUCGUACUCGCACCACCCGGCCAGCAAGACACGCUAUGGAGGCCCGCCGUCCAAUGGCUUCGGCGAUCCCCGCCGCAUGUCCGACGAGCGCCUGGGCCUCAUGGCCACGGGCGCCUACGAGGACGACGGCGAUGCCGUGAUUGAGAUGGACCUCCUGCCUCCGCGCUGGCUCGACAUCCAGGACGAAAUCACCGAGACCCUCGCCGACAUUGCAAAGCAGACGCGGAAGCUAGACCAGCUGCAUCAGAAGCAUGUGUUGCCCGGCUUCGACGAUGAGGCUGUCAAGAAGCGCGAGGAGCACGAGAUCGAAAACCUCACCCAGGACAUCACGCGAUCCUUCCAAAAGUGCCAGCAGGCAAUCAAGCGCAUCGAGCGCAUGGUGCGAGAGUCCAAGCAGCAAGGCUCCAUCAGUAGUGGCGAGGAGACAAUGGCCAAAAAUCUCAAGAUCUCGCUGGCCACAAGGGUCGGCGAAGUCAGCACCAUGUUCCGCAAGAAGCAGUCCGCCUACCUGAAAAAACUCCGCGACCUUGGCGGCUUCGACUCCCCUUUCCGCUCCAGCACCCCAACUCAAAACCCGUACAACGACCCUGCGCUUGCUGACUCGGAAACCGACCGCUCCUUCUCACAGUCCACACUGCAGCAAACAAAACAGCACCAACAACGCCUUGUCCACCACAACCCCAACGACGCCCUUAUCGCGCAGCGCGAGCGCGAAAUCGAAGACAUCGCCCAGGGUAUCAUCGAGCUCGCAAACAUCUUCCAGGAAUUGCAGACCAUGGUCAUCGACCAGGGCAGCAUGCUGGACCGCAUCGACUACAAUGUGGAGCGCAUGGCCACGGACGUCAAGGAAGCAGAUAAGGAACUCAAGGUCGCAUCCGGAUAUCAACGACGCAGCGUUAAGCGCAAGGCUAUGCUCCUUCUCGCUAUCCUCAUCGCUGGUGUCUUCAUCUUGCUUUCUUUAAAACUCGGUAGAAAGAGUAGUAGUACUCCCGCGCCUGCUUCUCCUCUCCCGCCACCUCAGAGUAAUACCGAUCAAUCUCCGGAUUCUGCGGCGUUUUCGGUGCGAGAACGGCGUUGGUCCUCUAGUAGCAGGAAUGAGGGUGGGCAGGCUGUAGCAGUCGCCCGAUGGAACCGCGAUUGGCAUCGUCGGAAGAGACGGAUAUGGAGGUUGCAGAACGUUGAUUCCCUUCCUACAAGUACCACUCUCCCUUCCUCUUCUGAGACUAUAAUGUCGUCGUCACUUUCUAUAGAUUAG